AUGGUUCAUGCCACUGGUCCAGCCGUGUCACCCACGGCUGCUGCGCACGACUCGAGAUCUUCGACUCCGUCACCGGACAAGAAGAGCAGCUCCAACUCGAACAACAGCAACUCCAACAGCACCAAUGGCGCCGAGGCGCAGCGACCGAAGCGCUAUGAAUCGCGCAGUCCCAGCCCGACCCCGACUCGCACCUCGGACGUCCCCCAGACCUUGGCCCUGCGCCUGAGCGACGAUGUUCCCCGCCGAGGUCGCCAUUCGCCCAUGGCCUCUCGAAAGCCCAUUGUGGCACAGCCAAAUAUGCCAAACUCGGGCAACGCAAGACACGGCUCCGGUUUUCGGCCCUUGACCCCGACGAGCUCGUCCAACGAAACGCUGCCGGGCUCAAAAUUUACAAAGAAGCCCCUGCUGCAUGAUGUGUCCAUGUAUACCAACACGCACCUGGUGCGAGACAGCGACAACACCACGCUCGAAGAGCUUGCCCAUGUUGUGCGCCUGUCCAAAUACCAGGAACGCAAGCGUGCCAACACUCGAAUUCGCCUGCAGAGAAGCUUGAUUUCCACUGCAUUGAGCGCUCGCCUGACGCGCUGUGGUGAGAUGGCCCAUCGUUACCUUGUCGAAAGCUUCCGGAAAGAUGACAAGGACAACUUUGCGGCUCUGUACAAUGCCAUUCACGAUGUUCGCAAGAGCUGCGAUGAGCUCCGGCGAUAUGCGCUGCUGGAGCCCGAGCUGGAAUCAAUCUCCUCGGCCGCUGCUCUGGGUUCGUCUGACAGCUUAGAUACACCCACUAACUCUACAGUUGGCGUCGGUGAUCCGCUCAAGUCCAUUACUCCCUUUUUGCAUGACAUUUCUGCCUCUGCCAGGGAGACCUUUAUCGAGUUUCUGACACAGAUCCGAACGAACCCGGACUACUUGGCCACUCGCAUAUGUGCACUCACCAGCUCUGAGCUGAAUGUCUUCCUAAACUUCCACAAGGGUUUGGAGCCUGUCGAGUCGGUUCUUCCAUUCCCCACGCGAAAUCCCAAUCGGCCUCACGCAAGUGCCUCCGGCCGUAGCUCCUCCAAUACCGACAUCGAAAGACUCCUGUCCUUCCAGAGACAUGAUCCAUUGUCAAUCUUGAUCCAUGCUUGCUUUGCCAAUUCGGCUGGCCCCGACAGCUCUGAAGACCAGCGGCGCACCGAUAUCUGGGCGACGGUCCUGGCCAAGCUGAUUGCCGAGCCCAAAUCUGCCGGCGAGCAUUUCCUCAUCUGUGUACUAAACAUCUGGACAGCUAUGCGCGACUGGUCUGGUAAAUCCAACAUGGAGUGGUACCUGAUGAAGAUUCUUGAAGAUGGCGCCUUCUUGCUGGACCGCGCUGAAGAUCAGCAUGGCACGCGAUUCAAUCUCUCAGACUGGAACCAGUCGGACGAAGCCGCUGCCAGGGACUUUUACGACCGCGCCGUCAACGGCUUGUUCGAGCUUGUUGACGACGAGGACGCUACCGGUAUUCCGGAGGGCCUUUUGGAGCUUGGAAACGCCAUCCUGAGCAAGCUCGAAAAUAAGUUUGUGGAGAAUACCUCCAAGUGGCUUGUCUGGAGAUGCCUCUUCUUUGUCUUUCUGCUUGGCGUCAUCAUCCACCCGGAAUACUACGGCAUGCUGGCCGAGUAUCACAUCACCCCUUAUGCCAGAGAAAAGAUUCUGAAAAAGGUUGCCAUGAGAGCCCAUGAAUACGUUUCAAGCAUGUGGAGUGGCAAGCCUUCGGCCACCUGUGUCCCUGUGAACAUUCCUCCCAAGAUCAAAGGCCACGUGGAAAACAUCCUCGCCAGAUUCCAAGGCACUCGGUCCAAGGUUCCCGCCGCUAAACUGCUGCCCGCGAGAUCCAUCACCUCCCUCAGGGAGACUGUCGAGGUCCGCCCCUACUUGGUCAUCAGCCCUGCUGAUUUGGCGACGCUGGCCAACGCUCUCUUCCCUGAGAAGCGGCCGCAUUCCGCACGUUCGGGCCCAGCCUCCAUUUCCGGGCUGUCGGCCAUCUCCCAGCCCAUCUCCAUGUCCAGCCAUCACAACAAGAAUAGCUUUGAUACGGCCUCCAUCAUCAGCACCAGUGCCUCGUCCAUCUUGAGCGACGCAACCACGUCUCGUGAUUUCAUCUAUGAUCUCAACACUGCAACGCCCCGAUACUCGCCUCCUGCUGAAGAUCCCGAGGAGCAGAGGCGGAUGAGCAAGUACGAGGAUGAUGGCUAUCGCCUCAGACUCGCCAUUCACGAAAUGCAGCAGAACCUUGGCGCAGAUGUCGUUCGUGGAUCUAGCCACCCAUGCGCCGAGAGGUGGGUAGUUCUCUUUAUUUCUCCUGACGGAAAGAGCCUGUCUACGCAGAUGACCUAUGAUCCGGAUGACGAGCUGGAAGAUGAGGAAAACUCAUCCAGCACCGAUACCGAUGAGGACGAAACGCCGCAGCGCCCUGAGCUCGACAAGGAUUACCAUCAGCUACGUAACUCUGUUCUCAAGCUGGUGGAGGAUUAUGAAAUUCCCCGCAGCUUGGAGCCAGAGCGCGGACGUGCCCAACUUAGCAAUCGCGCUUCUGGACUGAGGAAAUACACCUCAAGAAACAGAAUCAUCCAACCAGAGAAAUCGGUUGCUAGCCGAAAUCCUUAUCGAAAGCAAAUGGGCGUUGAUGGCACAAUUUCCACUACCGACUUGACGCCCAAGAAGCCUGAGGAGUCUGAGCCUGUCUUAAUUACCAUGCUCAAGGCGGCCUCAUCUCAGUCCAAGGCCCAGGCAGACUUCGUCUCGGCGCACAUGUACUGGAAGACGCUGAACCAGCUGACUGCAUUGGCAUCGAGCUCACUGCGACAGGACGGAUUCGCAGCCCUCAUCAACAUUCUGGCCCGAGGACCGCGCGACGCCAUUCGCCGCUCCGCCUCUGCCAUUGAAGAAUAUGAUGCGUGGCUCGUCUGGCUGAAGCAAAGCCAAGAGCGCCAUGAAGGCCUAAUCGACGGCAUGAUGAAGCGUGUCAACGCCAUCCGCGACAAGAUGUGGUAUGUUACCGAUGUUCGCAAUUCCAAGGAAUAUGCGCACAGCCGUGACAUUUGUCAGGCUCUCAAGACCAUGGGUAUGCCGCGUCGUUGGAGCUCGUUUCAGCGCUCAAGGGCUCACAACAACCGUGGUCCUAGUUCCUCCUACCUCUACCGCACCGAAUCGCAGAUUAUGGACCUCCUGGCCGCUUCGGAGGAGCAGGGCGGGCCGAACAAGCUUAGCGACGAUCAGGCAGAGAUGACCUCCCUGUGGCUACAGCAAUACGGCAUCGAGAACUUCUGCCAGGGCGAGGAACGCAUUCACCGGUUCUGCUGUGAGGUGGACCGAUGCAUUUCCAAGCUCGUCGGCGAGACCCUCCGAGAGGCACCGGUCCUGUGGUCCAGUGAGCUGUAUAAGCGCGAUAAGCUGGUUUAUGACCGCAGCAAGACCAGAGACCGUGAUCACUCGUGGGGUGGCGAUGAUUCGACAAGCAUCAUCAGCGAACAGGAUAGACGCCAUGCCUCGCAUACCUCGUCGUCGUCUGGACGAUCCAGUUCAUUCACUCGGGACCUGAGGUCCAUGACCAGCAACAACACCAGCCACCACUCUUUGGACUCGUCGAGGCAUAGCUACUCGAGGACUGGUGGUAUGCUGGCCGAUAUCCCGGAUGGUCAAGAAUACUUUGAUAAAGCAUCUCCAGUGGAUUCUUCAGGCACAUUCUGGUCACCAUUCCAGCCAGCCAUGUCCACCAGCUCGGCUCCAUCACGCUACUCGCCUACUACAAGCCUUACCAAUGUGUCCACCACUUUUUCUGCUCCUCAGCACCACACGAUCCCAUCAAUUACAAGCGCCUCUACCGGGCGCCCUAGUACUGCUGCUUCGUCCAAUGACACUAUUCAACAACAUCGCAACGACGACGAGAAGACACGAUUUUUGAAUGAACUUAAACAGACUCUUAUUAGCUUGCUAUUAUCUGACUUGGGCAACCAAGUCUUGGCUCGUGGAUCAGAGACAGACGGCUGGUUCGGGAAGCUCGGACAGCAAUGUAUUGACAGAAAAGAUGCCUUGGAGAGGCGGGCUCGCCGCAAGUCUGACAAGAAGUCUUCGCAAAAGUCGGGACUAGGAAGACUCAGAGGGCUGGAAAAGAAGAGAAGCUUUGGUAAUUUGAGAAAUGCGGGUGAAGGCACGCCAGGAUCGGAGCCCUCUGAAAGCAGCCCGAUAGCCUCUCCUGAGUCUCCCAUGGCCACCAUUGACCCGCCGCCGGCUCCCAAGGAGACGUCGAAUGAGUUUCCAUUCAAGAAGGCUUACAAGCGUCUCUUAAACAUGUUCUGCGUCCAUCCCAACCCAUAUGCGAAGCUCAAUGCCCUCAAUGAGCUCGAGCAGCUCAUUGUCGCAUCUAUGCUGUCGAGCGGCACCAAAAGAUCGCGAUGGAACCGAUCUGACGCAGGCUCUAGCAUUGUGGAAGAUCACGGGUCCACCACUCGCCCCACUCCAUUGGAGGGCAUGAUUGACAAUGUCAAGGAACGCCGACAGCAAGCCAUUCAGUCGGGACUUCCGUCGGUUGGAUUUUCAUCGUUCCCCUCUCGGCAAUCCAACUCCGAGACACGAUCCAUCGUCUCCGGUGGCGCUUCCAAUUCGGACCUUAUCACCAAAGAGCUUUAUACCCUCUUCCGAGAUGCAGGAAUUCGGCCAAAGUCUCUCUUCCGUGACCUGCAGUUCAUCGCUGCCUUUGUGCCCCCUUCCGUUCUAGAUAAACCAGAGAAAGGAAAGGCUUUUUGGAACGCCGGACUUGCAGCACUCAAGCUCAAGUCGGAGGUGUGCCGAACCAUGGUGGAGAUGGCAGAUGAAGUGAUUGCUGCCCAUUCGCAUACUCGCCAGACAACAGAUGGUACUACUCCUCUCGACGGACCUCAGUCAACCACCGGCACUCCGCCGCCCCCAUCUACUACGUAUGGUCUAAACGACGUUGGUAAAAUGUGGACGAUUACUGCUAAAGAAGGCUACCCCACGGCGCAACGUGAGCUAGCCUUAUUCUACUUAUCUAACCCUGAAUACGUUGAAAGAACAACGCUGCCCUUGUCCAAACCAAGGGAGGUGUUUAAACAAUCGGUCAUGGAGAAGUAUGGCCGCACCCGAGGCAGCCUUGGUGGCUCUGGUGCAGGCGGCCUUGGCGGCGUAGGUGCUUCCUCUAGAGGCCCGGGAUCUGGAAAUGGCAGCUCUGGGGACGGGCAGCUCGGGGGUGGAUCCGAAGGCGACGUCAGGACUGAUCCCGGUUUGAUGUGCGUCGCUGUCCACUGGAUGGAAGCGGCAGAGCAGGGUGGCGACGAGCUUGCCUCGAGCUUCCUACGACAAAAUGAGUUUAUGGGGCUCAGCUAA